ACAGGUCCCAGCCGCUGCGGUAGAGCCUGCCCGUGCGAUGCUUGUGCGCAGGUCCCGGGCGGCGGCGGCGGGCGAUCCGAAGGAGGCUGGUGCUGGCUCUAUGGGGAGGCGGCGGCGGCCGGUGGACCCCGCGGCUGGGGCCCGGGCCGGGGCCCUGCCUGAGGCCAUCGCCGCGUUGAGUCAGUCGUUGCCCUCCGGACCCAGCCCGGAGAUCUUCCGCCGCGCCAAGUUCGACCGUCCGGAGGCGACCCCCGCGCUCUGGCAGCUUCUCUUCCGCGUGCUCGCGCCACUCCCUCUGGACAACCGCCUGGCCUCGCUCGCCCCGGAGGUCCAAGCCCGCUUGGUGAAGUCAGCACUGCGCUCCCAGGGCUACCCGCGGCUGGCACUGGCGCAGCUCCCUGAGGAUGGCUCCCAGGGCAGCCGGGAGCUGCUGCUGGCUCUGUCCUGGCUCUUGGCCCGAGGACCUGUGCUUGAGCAGAUGCUGGCCCAGACCCGAGUGCCUCUGGGUGAUGAGAUGACUGUGUGCCAGUGUGAGGCCCUGGCCAGCCCUGGCCCACCUGCACCCCAGGUGCGAGCAGAGGAUCCUGUGGAUGUCCGCCAUGUGCAGUGGCUGAUGGGAAAGCUGCGGUUCCGGUGGCGCCAGCUGGUGUCCAGUCAGCAGGAACAGUGCACCCUCCUGAGCAAGAUCCACCUGUACACAAGCGGCUGCCAUGGGGACCACAGCCUUGGUCAUCUGUCCGUCGCUGAAGCAGAGAUGCUCAGGGACCCGGAGGGAGGCCAGCAGCUGCUGCGGACUCUGGAGUGUGAGAACCGGCGCCUGGAGGCGGUCCUGGCGUGGCGGCGCACAGAGCUGGUCUUCUGGCGGUGGAUGGACACAGUCCUGGACACCUGUGUCCUCGGGGUGCCGGCUGCCGCCUCACAGGGCACCUUCCUGCCCCAGAUCCCUGAGUGCAGCGGUGGCGUGUUGGAGCUGGUAGCGUGGGAGCUGCGGGCGCUGCAGGAGGAACUGCAGGAAGCUGCGGAGCACAGGCGGGCAGCCUGGGAGGCCAAGGCUGGAGGCUGUGGACGGGGGCCAGAGUGGAGUGCUGUGCGGCGGGCCUCUCGGGAGGCUGUGGAAAAGGAGCUGGGAGCUCUGCGGCGGUGCUGGGAGCAAGACAGGGACCCGGCCCAGCCCCACGUGCCACACCGGCUGGUCAGACGAGAGGAUGGGGCAGCAGGGGACCGGGACCUGCGGGCAGCUGAGGUGAUCAGGACGCUGAGGAGCCAGGAGGCCUGCCUGGAGGCAGUGCUGCAUCAACUACAGGGACAAUGUCGGCAGGAACUGGCCAGGCUGGCAGGAGCCCUGCCUGGCCUCAUCUGGAUCCCGCCACCUGGACGCUGAGGGCCGUGGACGGGCACUCCUGUGGGAACCCUGCCUUGGCCCAGCCCGGCUGGGUUUUGGGGGAACAGAUACAGGGCCGGGUGGCCGCAGGGAUGGCAGACGCAGAGCCCAGGUCAUGUGCUGGCUGCGGGGGCUGGGCUGGGGCUCAUGGCCAGCAGCACUGGGAAUGGGUGUGGCCAGACCCCUGAGGGGGUUGUGAUGGUCCAGCUGGCGGUCUGGAGGGGACUCGGGAGUGAACUGUGGCAGCUUCCCCGUGGGCAAGGCUGCCGGGCAAGGCUUCCCUGUUUGGGGAAAGGGGUGUAGAGGAGCCCUGGUCCGUGGUGGGCGGUCUAGAGCUGCCCGGGGCUGGAGGACAUGUGCACCCCAGCGAGGUGAGUGGCAGGUGGGCGGAGGUGGCACAGGCCUCCCCGGCACGGGAGUGUCAUGGACCCUGACCCCUUCCUCCGGUCUCCCCCUGCGGCCCAGCCCUGGGCUGUGAGCACAGCCUCUCCCCCUCCCCAGCCUUGGCUGUUCCUGGGGUGGCGCCGGAUGGGAGCCCGGGGCUCUGCUCCUUCCCUGGAGGUGGUGCUCCGGGUGGGGGCACGGCGUGGACAGAGAGGCUUUGUUCCAGAGGCUGCCCAGCAAGCUCAGCUCAGCUCUGACAAAGAGCCAUCUGUGUCCCAGGGACAUGCCCCAGCCUGACGGAAGGAGGCUUGGCCUCAUGGCACCCCCCACCCCCACCAGCAGGCACAGGUGGCUCUGAGGCCUCCCAUGCCUCCCUCACAGGGCUCCCUCUCUUCUGGGGCCGUCGGACUCUGGCCUGAGGUGGGCAGAGACAGGGCUGGUGGGGCCACCUCCAGGCUCCUGCCAGCCCUGCCCUGGGGCCACGUCCAUCCCGCCUGCUAGAACACGCCCUCACUGGAGCCUUUCCCACCGGCCUAGGGCUUGCGCCUGUGCGACAGUGCACACCCAGGGCUGCAGCUCCAGCCUCAGCUUGUCCAGGCCUCCUCGGCCCUGGAGGGGACACACCUAGGCUGUCUGCUUCCCCAUUCCCGUGCCCGGGCCUCAGGAGCACCUCAGUGCUCGGACGUGGCCAGCAAGGCCUCCCUUUCAGGAGCACCUCCCUGACCUGCUCACGAAGCUGGGCCUCCUGCAGACUGGGCCGUGUGCAGCCCACCCUCCGGCCCCUCUGCCGGCUCUUCCUAAGGGUUCCUGCCACUUGCAGCUGCUGGGUCCAGCGCUGUGUCAGGCACUCAGCCCUCAGCCCUUCUCCACUGCAGCCUCAAAGGUCCCCGGUGCUCUCAGCCAGCUUCUUAUGCCGGGAGCAAGUCCACAUAAAGCCCUGCUUCUAUAACCACAGACCCAGGACUCCCACGUGUAGGGCCACAGCCCUACAGGGUACUGGGGUGUCCCCUAUCGCUGCUGAGGCGCAGGAUCUGAGAAGUAAAGAGGACACAAAAGGACCGGAAAAGCAGCUGGGCUUCGGGGCCACGCCAGCUAUGAGCAGAGACAGGUGAGGCCCCAAACGUCCAGGAGCGUCUAUUUAUUGGAUACAAGACGGGGAAGGGUAGUGAGUGAGGUCAUCUUAAGGACAGUGAUAGGGUCAAGACAGUCACGUGCCCAAUAAACAAGGGGUCCAUCCCCAUUAGGUCACUGAGGCUAGGAGGUGGGCCAUGCGCAGCGCGCAGUAUCUCUUGUCUGGGGCAGGCUACUUCCAAGGAAUUCUGGAGGCGGAUGCUCAAGUCAGCACAGUAGCAGAGCUGACCCGUCUACAGCCACCUGCUGGCAGCUUCCAGUGAUUUCUAUAGGAAGAUGCUUUUCGAGCAGCACAGUAACAAGAGCUGGUAAAGUUCAGCCACCAAGGCGAGAUUAUACCGGAGGGGUUUUAAGCCCUUGGAGGCUCUUGGGAUUGCAGGUCUGAGGGCAGCCUUCCGCAAGAACUGGAGCAAGGUCCUACAACUCUUUUAUCAGGAGGAGUGGCUCUUGCCCCAAGCCUGCCAUACAGCGGGUAUCUUUACAAUGCUGAACACUGCUGCCUGGGCCGUGGAUUCUUGUCUUGGUAUAACUUGUCUUUCCCUUAAAUCAUGCUCUGCACUGUGUCUGCUCCAGACAGUCUUCGACUAUAAGCAAGUUAUGCUUAUAUAAGUAUAGCUGUUUAUCUCUUAAUUCAUUCUCUGAACUGCGUCUGACCUAGGCAUUCCUGACUAUGAACUAAGAUAUAGUUGUAUAUAUGUAUGUGGAAAUAACAGUUGUAGGAUAUUUUUCAGUUACUAAUUCUGUAAACUAAGAUAUAAAAGGAUUAUAUGAAGGAAAUAACUGAGUAAUAACACUAUAA